AUGGCGGGAGGUCCGCACGAACGGUGGAGCAAUCAGCUCGAAUAUCUGUUGUCAUGCCUUGGUUACGCUGUUGGUAUAGGAAAUCUUUGGAGAUUUCCAUACCUGUGUUAUAGAAAUGGCGGAGGCGCAUUUCUAAUUCCAUACUUCUUGACAUUAUUUAUAUGUGGAAUACCGCUAGUUUAUUUGGAAACCACAUUAGGCCAAUUUGCUAGUGCAGGAAGUAUUUCUAUUUUCAACAUAAAUCCAUUAUUCAAAGGCGCUGGCUAUGCUGCUGUUAUUCUAAAUGUAAUAGCAAUAAUAUACUUUUCUUCUAUUAUGUCGUAUCCUGUCCUAUACAUAUAUCACUCGUUUAGUUCGCCUCUGCCAUGGCAAACUUGUGAAAAUUCAUGGAAUACAGAGAAGUGCACCGAGAUAUCAGGAAAUUCUAGUUUUUUUACUUCAAAUGGAACAAUUACGACGCCGGAAGAUGAAUUCUUUCAUAUUCGACUAUUACGAAUGUCGUCCGAUAUUAAUCAUAUCGGUGGAAUAGUGUGGCCUGUGUUUUGGUGUAAUGUUAUAUGUUGGCUGAUCGUUUACCUCUGCAUCUGUAAUGGUGUCAAGAGCGUCGGAAAGAUAGUGUACUUCACAGUUUCCUUCCCAUAUGUAGUUCUAUGUGCACUACUUAUACGUGGAUUAACGUUACCGGGCGCAUGGAAAGGCAUACUAUUCUACAUUUUACCAGAUUGGCAGCAGUUGAAGAACCCUAAGGUUUGGGCUGAUGCAGCAACUCAAAUAUUUUAUUCCCUUGGACCGGGAUGGGGAGGUCUCGUCAGCAUGGCCAGUUUUAACCAAUUCAAUUAUAACAAUAUGCGAUCCUCAAUAAUUAUACCACUUGUAAACAGCGGUACAAGUAUAUGGGCAGGAUUUGUGGUAUUUUCCGUGCUCGGUUUCGCGGCUGAUCGUGCUGGUGUACCAGUCGGUCAAGUGGCCACAGCGGGCCCUGGUUUAGCAUUUGUGACAUACCCAGCGGCUGUCACAAUGAUGCCAGCUCCUAACUUCUGGGCCGUGACAUUCUUUAUUAUGUUGUUCUUUCUCGGGAUAGAUUCCAUGUUUGUUACCAUAGAAGCAGUAAUUGCUGGAAUUUUGGAUGAGUUUCCAUAUUUACGAACACGUAAAAAACUUAUCACAUUCCUUACAUGCUUAGUACUCUUUAGUCUAUCGAUUAUAUGCAAUACUGAGGGGGGACUUCACAUCAUAGGGCUGUUAGAUUCACACGUCGCCAUUGCCUGUGUGCCUUUAGUAUGUAUGUUGGAGCUUAUUGGCGCUGUGUACACUUAUGGUCCUCAGAAAUUAGCCAGAGAUGUAUUAUUUAUGACUGGCGCGCCAUUACAUCGUCUUUGGAUAUUUAUGUGGAAAUUUCCUGUACCUAUUAUAUUGCUGAUAAUUAUGGUAUACUCAUUACGAGAGGUUACUAGUGUUGGUGGCUGGAUAGUUGCGUUGUCAUCAGUAAUUCUAAUACCCAUACACGCAAUUAAAACACUUUACAGAGUAAAAGGAAAUUUAAUCCAGCGUCUGCGAGUGAGUUGCCGUCCGACCAAUGAUUGGGGCCCAACCCAACCAGAUAUACGACAGAAAUGGAUCGCACAGGAAAAGGAUAUUCAUUCACUACCUGCCGUACAACUUGAUAAUGUAUCUAAUUUUAAAUAA